AUGACUAAACCUAGCCAUGACAAUGCUUCCAAAUAUACUGUUCUGAAUCUCAAAAAAAAUUUGGAUUCCAUUUUGGCUGCAAACACUCUUUUCACUAAUGAUGUUAAGGCCUUCAAAUUCUUCGAAUUUGUGGUGAGAAGUCUUACUCGAAUAAUUACAGAUGAACUUAAGUUGAUAAAAACAGAGAAGAGUUCUUCUGGGGUACAGAUGUUGCCAGAAUUAUUAGAUUCAGUCUGGGAAGACGUAAUCAGUCCAAUAUUGGGGUGGUUUAGAGCCUGGAAGCUUACACUUUUGGGCUUCGAGAAAAAAAAAAAGUACUCCACUAUAGUAGAGUUCAGAAAGCUAAGAUGCAAACUGAGAAGGACGUUUAAAUUAUUUCACAAAUUUUAUUACGGUAUUAUUGAAUUUUUGGUAACCAACAAUGACAUCUCUAGGCAGAUCCCUGAAAAACUAUUGAGGCUACUUAAUUUGAAACGUUUUGUCGGUUUUAGCAAUGCAGAGAACAUUGAUGACGAUAAUGUAGCUAUACUAGUCAUUAUUUUGCAUCAAUGCCUUCUUAUACUGGGGAAAUUACAUUUUCAACAGAGUUAUCUCGAAACUAUCAAAACUACAGCUUCCUAUGAGAAGUCCGUUAGAUAUCUCAAAUAUGCUGUGUUGGUUCUUCCAGCAUAUGGUACUUCCUAUCACGAACUCGCCUCUAUUGAAUUUUGUAGCAAGAACUUCCAUCGCGCAAUUUAUUUGUUACUCAGAGGUACAUUAACAAGAAUACCUAAUUUGAAGUCAAAUAAAGAAUUUCAUUCAUUUUUUAGCAAUAAGAAAGAUAAACGAAGAUUACUAUUCAAUGUAAAACUGCAAGAAGUCUUGGAUAAUGAAAAAGAUGAUUUGACAGCAGGACUUCUAAAAUUACAGUAUUAUUUCUUGGCACUAUUUGGAUAUUAUUUUCAGAGGGAGAAUUGGUUUAGAGAGGAAGACCCAAAUAUUUUAUUCAAUGGGGUAGAGAUAGUCCAUAUGAGAAGACAUUUAUUUUUGGCCAUUGAAAAGGACCUCAAUGCUAUUGAUAUAGUUUUUGAUAGCGUUAUUAUUCUAAUGGGCGGAUUUGAAUUAAUGUUGAAGGGAUCCUCUGGGAAAAUAGUUGCUAUCAAUUAUGUCAGUUUAAGAGAUCUUAAAAGUGAACAUAUCAUGUAUCUGGAGUUCUGUUUCGAUUAUUUCACUGAAGUUAUUAACGCUAAGGUUAGAAAAUGUUGGCGCCAGGAAAUGGACAAAUUCCAGUAUUUGGCAAUUAUUCGGAUUAUCGAAUGUUGGAUUAAAUCAAACCAACCAGUAUUACAAUUUGCUCACAGAAACAAAGCCUUUUGUUUCCAGCUAGCUGAAUUUGUUAAUGAUAUUAUUAGCCUAUACCCUAACGAGCCACAACUAUUCUCAAAUUUUAAACCUCAAAGAAAUUACUUCUUCGAGGAAGACAUACUUUUGAAAGAAUUUUGCUGCGUCAAAUUUGUUUUGAGUGAUUUUGAUGACAGUUUGAUUUUUAAGAACAACAAUAAAGAUAUAAUAAAUCAGAUCAGUGGAUUUGUUGGGCCAGAAUAUCUGCGGGACAAAAAUUCAGAAAACAUGUUAAGGCUUCGAUGUGUUAUGAACGCUAGUAACAGAUUUCUACUCAAAAAUCGUUGUGGAAUCAGAUGGAAUAAGAUAAGCGGAAAGUAUAUGAUAAAUAACGACCCUGUGGAAAGUUGA